AAAUGUUUAAUUUAUAAGUAAAAAAAAAAUAAACUAAUUGCUCAACAAUUAUCCGUCCAGUAAGAAAAAAUUAACAAAAACCGAAAAUUUAAAACAAUAAUAUUUAGUCAAUAGUAAACAAGUAAAUUAUAAAAAAAAAACAACAAAAAAAAAACUAUUAUAUGGAAAAUGCAAAGAAGUGUUUCUUAAUUCAAAAAAAAAAAUUCAAAAAUCUAUCAAACGGAUUAUUAUUGAAUUUUUUUUUAAAUCGUUAAAACGUCCGUCAUCUAAAAGAGAAUAAAAAAUAAAAUUAUGGAAAUUAAAUUAUGGAAAUUCCUCAGCUGAAAAAUUCUUUUAUUAGACUUAAAAUUAUAAAAUUUGUCUUCUAUUUGUAUCCAAGAUUGCCAAUGGCUUAGAUUCAACUAACUUAAAAACAAAAACCAAAAAAAAAGAGCUUAAAGGUUUGUGAGAAGUUUUGUGUUUUUUUUUUGUAUGUUAAUUUCGGGAUAAAAUUUCACUUAUUUCAUCAUAAUUGUAUAUGUUUUUAACUGCUGAGACUGAAAGUUGAAAAAUAAAUAAAAAUAAUGUAUACAACUGGAACAACAACCACAACAACAAAAACAAGGAUAGAAAUUAAAAUUCAAACAAAAUGAUUUCCAUCAUCAGCUUCUAUAAAUUAUUAUUAUUAAAACAAAAUAAUCAAAACGAAAAAUUUUUAAUUCGGUAAUGAAAGAAAAAUGUAUAUUCAUUCUAUUAGUAAUUAUUCUCCUCUUAAUAAUUUUAAUCAAACUAAGCUUUAUCGUUCCAAGCAUUCUAGAGAUACAUUAUAUUUCAAAAUUAUCCGAUGACAUUACCAAUAACAAAUACAACAACAACAACAAUUUCAAGGUCCAACAUAAUUUUAAAACCUCAGCUUUAAGUAACAACUCAAACAACUGUGCAACAGCGACAAACAUUAAAACAACAUUGACAACAAAAACCAUCAAUUAUUAUUAUUAUUAUAAUACGAAUAAUCGUUUGUUAAGAAAUUUAAUUAAAAUAUAUUCUAGUUCUCUUAAUAACUACAUUAGCAUAAAUAUAAAUAAUUAUAACAAUAAUACGAUAUAUAGCAAAAAUAAUAAUUUUCAAUAUAACCUAUUAAAUCUUCAUCAUCAUCAACAACCACGUUAUUGUUAUUACCAAAAGAAUAAUAAGAAGAAGAAGAAAUUAAAGGCAGCAACAAUUCCUAAUAGAUAUUUGGUAGUAACUUUUAUGAUAACAAUAACUUUGGUUAAAUUUGUUGUUGUUGUACUUGCUUAUCAACAACUCUUACAAAAUGGUUAUAUAAUCAUACAAAAUCUUUACGAUAAACAUUUAAAAAAUUUGAAUUUUGAUUUACUAGUAUGCAGCCAACAACGGCCAUAUCAACAAUUAUUAAAAUCUGGUCAUGGACUAGACGUCGAAGAAAAUCAUCAUCAUCAACAUUAUCAAAAUCAACAUCAACAAAAUUACCGCCACCAUCAACCACAACUACAGCAACAACAACAACAACCAUCCGAUAUAAAAUUUCAAUUUCUGAGUUUAUUACAUAAUUUUAUAGAAAAAAUUACCAAAUAUCGUAAAAGAAAAUAUCAACAACAACAACAACAAACGAUAUCGAAAAUAUUGACAGAUCAAAAAUAUACUUUAAUAGAAAAGGACAACAAUAAUAACAACAAUAAUAACAACUAUAUGCUUAAGCUGGAAACAAAUUCAAAUUUAAACUCAAAUCAAUUAUUUUAUCAUCAUAAUCAUCAUCAUUAUCAAUAUUCGUUUAAAAAUCAUGGUUUCUAUCAACUAAAAAAACAACAACAACAACAAUCUCAAUUUUCUGAUGGUUAUAAUCGUUGUCAUAUUAAAUAUCAUGAAUUUUUAUUCAUAGAAAAUUCUUUUCAAUUAUUAGAAAACAUAACAAAAACGAAAACAAAAACUAAAACUAAAACUAAAACAAAAACAACAACAAAACUUAAUCUAAAUUCAAUUAUAAAUCAAAGUAUCUAUUCGAAAACAAAAAGUAUUUUAAUUGAAAAAUUAUAUUUUAAGAAAACUAAACUAUUAUCAUCGCAUCAUAGUUUAUUUCUACGACAUAAUGCCUUAGCACAUACAGCAACCUCUACGAUAUCAGUCUCAGCAGCUGUUAAUUCUGCUGCUGCUGCUGCUGGUGAUUCUUCUUUAGCUUCGACUUCGACUUCUAAUUCUCAAACUCAAACAAACUUAACUAAAAAUUUAAAUACAAAUCCAGAUUCAAUACAUAAUUCAACAACAACGAAAUUAAAAACAAUUUCAAUUUCAACAACAAAACAACUUCAAACAACAACAACAACAACAACAAAUACAAAAUCCAAACCGAAGAAAAAAUUAAUUGGAUUUGUAUUUAUGCAAAAAAUGUUACGUUCUUGUGCAGAUCGUAUUGAAAAUUUACCAAAUUAUUAUCGUUCAACAAUAAUUCUACCAUCAUUGACAUCAUUAUCGUCAACAAUAUAUUGUUGGAAAACAUCAACAAUAACAACAACAACAACAACGAGAAAUACAACAACAACAACAUCGGCCAAUCGUAAACGACGUAAAAGAAAAUUCAGUUUUAUUUGGGAUAGCAAAAAUAAUAAUGAUGAAUAUAUACGAGAUUAUUAUAAUGCUAGAUCGUUUACAUUUUUCACCGCUCACAACUGCUGUUAUUGUUACUGUUGUUGUUGUAGCUGUUGUUGCUGCUACUACUGCUGCUGCUGCUGUUGCUGCUGCUAUUUGAAAAAUGUAUUCUAUGAUCAAAAUACAUCCAAUAAUAAUAUUUUUCUGAUAAAAUGUUGUAAAACAACGACAACAAUGACGACGUCAUUUAAUUAUUGUAGCUGCUAUAAUUGUUGCUGCCAUUGUUGCAGUAAAUGCGUUAACUAUCAUUAUCAUCAUUGUCAUUGUAUUUAUCAAAUCAAUAACAAUAAUAAUACUACUUCUUCUUCUUCGUCUUCUUCGUCUUCUACUUCUUCUUCUUCUACUUCUUCUUCUACUUCUUCUAAUGAAUGUUCAUUUAAAAAUAAUUCUUCUUGUGUGCAAUUAAAAUUUUUUAAUACAAACAAUCAAUACAAUAAAACUACAACAACAACUACAACAACUACACUAAAUAAAGAAACGUCAAAUAAUAAUCAUCAAGAUCAAAGAAGAAGAAAAUGGUGUCUACAAACGUCAUCACAUCAUGCAACCGAACAUGAAGAUGAUAACAGUGGAAAUCUAUUACGAACUGUUAAUUCUGUUAAAGAUAUAACAUCGUCUGUUGUACAUACUCGUACAAAUAAUAAUAAAAGAAAAUUAAAAAAAAAUCUAGUUUGGUUAUUUAUUGGAUUAGUAUGGCUAGAAGGACCGAAACUUAUCAAUUGUAGUAUUAAUCAUAAUAAUAACAACGAUGUAACUGGAUUAAAUGGCAAUGAAACAACGAAUAAAAUUGACAGCAAUAGUGCAGGUGGCGCUGGUGGUGGUGGUGGUGGUGGUCAGAAUCAGAACAGAAAUGGUGACAAUAGUGGUGGUGGUGGGGGUGGUAAUGGCAAUAACAGUGGUUCACGGAAUAGUAAUUCACGAAAUAAUAAUGAAGGAGGUACUAGUAAUACCAAUGGUCCUGGUCCUGCUGCUGAAACCAAUGACAACAAAGAACAAAAAGGCAAAAGUAGUAGUUCAUUUAAAAUACUCGAAUCGGAAUCAAGCAAUAAUGAAAAUCUUAAUGAAUUUAUCUUCAAUAAAAAUCAACCACAAAUCUCAUCGUCGCAAUUAACAAUUGAACGACCAACAUUGUAUUUUGAGAAGGACUUUCAAUAUGAUGAUAAAUUUGUUCAUCAAGAAGAACCAUCAUUCGAAUCAUCAUUAUUAUCAUCUUCAUCAACAUCAACAUCAUUACCAUCAUCAUCAUCAUCGUCGUCGUCUUCAUCAGCAUCAUCUCCAUCAUCAUCUUAUAUUGUAUCGAGGAUAAAAUUGAGCCCAAAACGAUUGAAUAGGGAUAGCAGCCCACCAUUAUUUGUCAGUGAAGAAGUGAAUCGUGCUCAGAGUGAUUUGUCUCGUUUGGAGUCUAUUAAAAGACAAAUUCUAACUAAACUUGGCCUCACUGAAAAACCCAAUGUAACACAUCCAUUACCGAAACAAUUUAUCUGGGAUACAAUUUAUCGUGCCGACGGCAUUCGCAGUGUAAGUGAUUUUGAUUUCAAUGAUAAUAAUCAUCGUAUGCAAGAGCAUAUGCGAUUGAAAACCACAACUGGUGCUCUAGAAACUCCACCACUCUUAUCACGUCAAAAAUCAAUAUCGAAUUCAAAUCACAAUCAAAAGAAUCAAUUCACCAAUCGAAAUAGUAUGACAAAUGAAAUGAAAGAGUCACGAACUCCGAGAUCGCAUAAUAGAAAUAAUGAAGAAAUAAGAACUUAUGGCGAUGGUUCACAAUGGAAAUUAUUUAAUUUAACUUUCGAGCAGCAAGAGAAAAUUCAUCAAAAAUUUCUAUUAGGCUAUAGGCAACAACAACAGAGACUACGUAAUAAUAAAAACAUAGUGAGCCGAAAUAAAAAUCGAUUUUCCGAUCCGGAUUAUUUGGAGGGUGAUGAUUUUUUCGGCAGCACUCAGGAAAUUAUAACAUUUGCUGAAAAAGGAAAGGUAUAUAAAAAACAUCGUCUUGUGGAAUUUAGUCCACCUUCGAAUAAAAUACCAAAGCAAAAACUUCAAAUCCGUAAUGCUGAAAUUCAUAUUCGAAUUGAGAAGGUAACGCCAUCUCCAGGAAAAGCAAAAAUCAAUCAAUUAAAACGUCGUAAUCACCAUCAUAAAUUGGACUCAUCCAAGGAACCCAGUUUAAAAAUAUGGAUUUUUCAACUAAUUGGCAGUGAUUUUUCACAAAAAGGCUUUGAUCAAGUGGCUAGACUUUGUACAUCAUUAUCUGUCGACCACAAUGUUUUGGGAUGGCAAAAACUCGAUAUUACCGAAACCGUACAAUUUUGGUAUGGAAAACACCAAAACGAUAAACUUAGACUAUUAAUUGAUUGCACUGGUUGCGGAAAUCGAUAUAUUUUACACUUGUUCGAUAGAAAAUUUCACCAUUCGUUGUUUUUACCAAGAACACCGCUACCAACACAAACAACAAUACCAACAAAGUUCCGUCAAACAUUCAUUAAUAAUAAUAACACACUAGAACAACAACAACAACAACAACAACAAAAUUAUUCAAUAUAUAAUAAUUUUUCAUCGUUCAACAAUGAACGUGACCAUCAUGCAGAUAAUAAUAGUAAUAAAAGCAGCGACAGCCUUCGUUAUUUAUAUCAUUAUCGACAAUAUAGCCACCAUCGCUAUAGACGAAAAAAUCGCACAAUUCAAAUGCAAAAUCUCAGGCAACCAAAGUCAUUGUCAUUGUCAGCCGAUUCAGCUGAAAAAUCAAAACAAUCUAAAUCCAAUUUAAACAACAACAAAGUACAGCUGAAUAAUCAGCUAAUGCCGCCGCCACCGCCGCCGGGACAUCAAACCAAAAUUAUAAGCCAUCCACAAUCUUUAUGGCUUAAAAGUAGAACAUAUCGAAAAAGUCGAGAAAUUAAUAAGAAUAAUCCCUACAUUAGUCAUGAUCAUGAUCAUGAUCAUCAUGGUAAAGAUCACCAUCAACAACAAGACCAACAUGAAGAACAAUUGGAAGGUAUAUCAUAUGAAGUUGCUGCUGCUGAAUUUCACCUCGAAGAUCGUCUAAAUCCAAAUCGACCAUUUUUGGUCCUUCAUACCGAACCAUCGCGUUCGAGACGUGUUCGCCGACGUGCUGUUGAUUGUUCUGGAGCAAUUCAUGGACAAUGCUGUAAGGAAUCGUUUUAUGUCAGUUUCAAAGCUCUCGGAUGGGAUGAUUGGAUUAUUGCUCCACGUGGGUAUUUUGCAAAUUAUUGCCGUGGUGAUUGUACGGGGCCAUUUCGAACACCUGACACAUUUCAAACUUUUCAUGCUCAUUUCAUUGAGGAAUAUCGAAAGAUGGGACUUUUAAAUGGCAUGCAACCGUGCUGUGCUCCAGUUAAGUUUUCAUCUAUGUCACUUAUAUAUUAUGGCGAUGAUGGUAUUAUUAAACGAGAUCUUCCAAAAAUGGUAGUUGAUGAAUGUGGAUGUCCAUAAAGCAAGAAAAAACAA